AUUAUCGCGCACACACGACGAACCUACAGAGGCGGGAAUAAGCGGCGGCGGGCAUACAGUCGGGAAGGAAACCCGCUUUUUAUUUUAAGCGGUGAGCGUUUCACCGAGACGGGGCGUACCACACAAAGCUCAGGCUCGUCUGAGAAUCUCCACAAGACUUUUAAAAAACUCAGGCUUGCAAAACGCGGCCAAGAAAAGCGGCAGGCCGACCAUGUCCGUCCCCGGAUCGACGCGAUGUCCUCUUUCCAAGGCGCGCAAAAGGCCCGCCGCGCCGAAGAAAAAGUGGAAGAAGUUGGGGCGAUAAAGCGGUGGCGGUGGUAGGAAUCCUAUAUGCUCAUUCCUGCCUUGGAAGCCGCGAAGGAGGGAAGGUGGGCGGUAAAUGCCGUACCUCCCCCUCCCCCGGCGCUUGAGGUGGCGAAGGCUGUUUGAUGUUGCUGCUGUUGCAGUUUUUCUGGUCCGAGGCAGAAGCUGCCUGCCGCCCCCGGCACCUCCCACGCGCGGCAGCAGCUCAGAGCCGCUGCCGCCGCCGUUCCAUUGUAAAUCCGGCGGCGUGGGAGGCAAUUCCGUGCCAAAGGCUCAGCGCCGAGGCGCGCAGAGAGAAAGGAGGAGGAGGAGGAGGAAGAAGAAGAAGAAGAAGAGGAGGAGGAGGGGGCCGGGGGCGGACGGAGAAGCUCCGACGGAGGGAGGCAGAAGACCAUCGAAGCUGGACAGGGGUGCCGCGUUGGGAGCCCUGCGCCUUUCUCGGGUCUGCCUUUCCGCGGAGAGGAAGAAGAAGGUGCGGCCAGCAGCGAGGCUUCCGAAGGCCUCGGGUCCAUGCUUGACGGGCACACCGGUCGGACUGCGAAGAAAUCCACUGGCGCGGCAAUUGGCAAUGGCGUUGUUGCUGCCCCGCACCCUGGGCGAACUUCAGCUCUACCGUGUCCUCCAGAGAGCCAACCUCCUCUCCUACUAUGAGACCUUCAUCCAGCAGGGCGGUGAUGAUGUGCAGCAACUGUGCGAGGCUGGUGAGGAAGAGUUCCUGGAGAUCAUGGCUCUCGUUGGCAUGGCGACCAAGCCACUCCAUGUCCGGCGCCUCCAGAAGGCUCUCCGGGAGUGGGCAACCAAUCCUUGUCUCUUCAACCAGCCGGUGCCCUCCAUACCUGUAAGCAGCAUACCACUCUUCAAGAUCUCCGAGUCCGGAGGCCACAAGUCACUCACCAAUGGACACACCAGCCCAGUAGAGAUCCCUGGCAAAACCAGUGCCACUUCCCCUUCCAAAAGCCCCUCCGAGCCACAAGAGAAGCUGUCCCCCUUGGCAGCCAUGCAGUGGGGGAACCCCGAGUCUGAAGAAGAAGGAGGGGUCACCUCACCCAGCGAGCCCCCGUCAUCCACGGAGCAUCUCGAUCCAGAGCUAGCCCAUGCAGUGUCCGAAGGGGUGGAUCGUUUGCUGCGCAGCUGCCCGCGCAGUGGAGAUGUAGAAUUGAAGACACUCCUGAAGCUGAAUAAGAAGUUGGCCAAAACAGUGGGGCAUAUCUUCCAGAUGGACAAUGGGGACCCUCACAAAGAAGAAGAGAUCCGGCGUCACAGUGCCAUCUAUGGGCGGGGUGAGACUCGGAGAUGCGAGGGCAAACAGUUCACCCUUCAUGAGCUCACAAUUAAUGAGGCUGCUGCUCAGUUCUGUCUGCGAGACAAUUCACUGCUGUUGCGUCGUGUGGAAUUGUUCUCACUGUCACGUCAGGUGGCUCGGGAGAGCAGCUAUCUCUCUUCACUGAAAGGUUCUAGGCUGCGUCCAGAUGAAAACUCGGGUGGACAGGCUAAGCGCUUCAAGCAGGAGGUUACAGAACACAGUCGCCCUGAGCUUCCUUUGGUCUGUGAACCCUUCCUUCCUCCAUACCGAUCCAGCGUAGAAGAAGACACAGCCAGCUUGUCUGGGGAAAGCAUAGAUGGACAUCCGCAAGCUACUGGGUCUUGUCCCCGGCUUACGCCACCCCCCAACACCGCUUCUGAUGCACUGCUGAGUCUCCCACCACAUGGGUUAUGGAGCCGUCACAUCCUGCAGCAGACACUGAUGGAUGAAGGGCUGCGAUUGGCCCGGCUGGUAUCCCACGAGCGAGUGGGACGGCUCAGCCCAUGUUUGCAAGGAAAACCCCAGAUGCCUGAGUUUGGGGAAACUCUUUCUGAGCGAUGCCAGCCUCCAGCAGCCCAGCCUGAGGCCAGAAGAAACAGCAUUAAGGUGGAACCAGACACCAGCCGGCAGUGAGAAGCAGGGACGGCCUUGCUCAGCCAUUAAGCAAUAAUACUCCAGCCAGCUCUGAGCGUUAGACAGUGGAGGGACCUGUCCUCUGCAUCACUCCCAGGGAGGCCUGUGGGACUUCCUCGCAGAAGGCGAGCUGUCGUACUAGCACAACCAACUCUUCACCCUGUUCUCUUCAUGAAAUGGAGAGCAUGCUUUGGCUCACAAACAGAAAAGCCAUGGACCUAUGGACGACGAAUGACGUAGGAAGAAAGCCUGCCAUCUUAAUUUAACUCGGCACAGAAGGGGGUGCCCUGGCUACAGUUGAUAGCAUGAGCUCAGGUAGACCAAAUCUCUGGCCCUCUGAUGGACUAAUGGAAGGUCAUACUUACCCACAGCCUUUCCUCCCAUGUGAGACUUGAAACUGAGGGGUACAUAGCCAUAAAAAAAGCACACAAAUAUCCUGUACAUAUUUUAUUGAAAGGCAUAUAAGUGAUUGGCCAUAAACAAUACAUGUUGUUCCCAAAUCGUCCCCAUACUCCUGUACUCUCAACCACACGCAUACACAUGAAACAUGUUUGUCGCUGCCCUUCAGUCUUUGUCAACAGAUGUUUCCUGUAUGCGCAGAAACUGCAUCCCCCCGACUCUUUGUAGCACACACACCCUGCAAACCAUUUUGCAAAUUGCCAUAGUUAGAAAGGAUAAUUCUUGAUGUGACAGAAGGAAAAAAAAAAGAUGUAUCAAAGACACCAGAGGUUACUAUGCUAUCUGUAUAACUAAGCAAAAUAUGUAAAUUGAAUUAAAUUCAGUUUUUGUGUCCCCUCCCCUCCAUUGGAAUACGGUCCCAGUAAUCACUUUUAAGCCCAAGGAUGGUCCUCAGAUAAGGAGAACUGGGGCAUCUUAAUGCCACACAUUUUGCUCAUCCCCAGAACUUUCCUGUUUUUUUAUCGUGUAUACAGUGCUUUAAAUAUCCUCAUUACUUCUCUUGCCUGCUGAUUUUAUAUUGUGGUUAAUCAUCAGAAGCAUUGGUUGCUGUUUAGCUGAAUUUGGACUGCUUGGAGGUAUUUUGUUUCCUAAUAGCUCUAGGGAGGCUAGAAGUUUACCCAUUAAAAAUAAGGAUUGAACUGCUGCCAUUUGGAUAUGGGCACACUAGCAACAGCUGCCUCCACACUAAACUGCAUCCCAGCAGCGUUUUUAAUACGUACUGGUAGUCCUCGACUUAGGACUGCCAUUGAACCCAAAAUUUCUGUUGCUAAGCGAGACAUUAAGUGAGCUUUGCCCCGUUUUACGACUUUUCUUGACACAUUUGUUAAGUGAAUCACUGCAGUUGUUACGUUAGAAACACAGCUGUUGUGUGAAUCUGACUUCCCCAUUGACUUUGCUUGUCAGGUGGUCUCAAAAAAAGGGAUGACAUGACUCCAGGACACUGCAACUGUCAUAAAUACAAAAUAAGUUUCCAAGCGUCCGAAUUUUGAUCAUGUGACCUUGGGGAAGCCACAAUGGUCGUGCGAAAAACUGGUAAACGCUUUUUUUCAGUGCCAUUGUAACUUCGAACGGUCACUAAAUGAACUGUUGUAAGUCAAUGACUACCUGUAUUCUAUCAAAACUAUUGAUGCAGGGAGGUCAAUUAAUAUCAGAAUCCAUCCCUUUUCUACCAGAACACUUUGAAUUUAUAAUGGAUCCAACAAAGGCGGAAGGAGGCCUUGCUGAGAUUCAGGUGGAACGUCGUUCUCUCUCAGUGCUCCCCUACUCCUUUCCUAAGGCUUCUCGCUCCUAUUCUCAGAGCUUAUUUAUACAGGUAAUCCUCAGCUUACAACCACAAUUGUGACGAGAAUUUGUCUUGUUAAGCAAGGUAGUCGUUAAACGAAUCAUGCCUGAUUUUAUAAUACAUUUUUUUUUGCCACGGUUAUUAAGCAAAUCACUGCAGUGAAGUAAAUCCGGCUUCCCCCAUUCACUUUGCUUGUUGGAAGGCAUCUGGGUAGGUCACAAAUGCUGAUCAUGUAAAACAGGGGUGAGCAAACGUGACCCUUUUACAACCUGUGGACUUCAACUCCCCGUCUCAGGAAUUCUGGGAGUUGAAGUCCACAGGUUGUAAAAGGGCCACAUUUGCCCACCCCUGAUGUAACCCCCCCCUUUCCCCCAUGCUGCAACCAUCAAAUAAUAUAUGCCGGUUUCCAAGUGCCAGAAUUUUGAUUACAUGACCGUGGGGCUCCUGUGACAGUUGUAAGUGCAAGGACACUUAUACUUAAAAGCCACUUUUUUAAGUGCCAAUUUAACAGGAACGGUUGUGUGUCGAGGAUGACCUGUACUUUCCUUUCCUACCACUUCAGUUUCCUGUAAUCGGGAAGAGGAAUGAACGGCAAAGAGGAAACCAGUAGCCAUCAUAGUGAGAAGUAGAUAGGCUGAUCUCUACAUGACACGCAGAAAAUGGAAGAUCCUGCCUGGAUCUUCCAUUUUGAAGCAGUUUCAUAGAAAGUAAAAUCAGCUAAUGAAAAAUUACAGGCUUUUGUGAAGUCUGCUGGAUGAAGAUCCCUUACUUUCAGGUUCAUGUCUGACCCCACACACAUUCAAACCCCGACAGUUCGGUUUAUAGUAACUGCUGUAUUUGCUGGAAUUUUUGAACGGGAAUCAGAACAGAUAUUUCUGGAGUUAUCACCUCUUGAGCGGAACAUGUUGGAUUCGGUGCCCUUAAUAAACACACAUGCAACAGGGAUGGGGGGGAUUGUAAUUCAAUUUGCUGCUCUAAGGGAACACUAACUUUACAACUACUCUGUUAUUUAAGGGAAUAGGAGAACAUUUCCUAACAAGGCUUUAGUAAUGGUAUAGUCCUCUUUUUGCUAAAGAAGUGAAUGGGGAAUGGUGAAAUUGAGAAAACCUUAAAAAGGAAGGGAAUUAAACCCCUGUCUGACUCUGGGACAGGAGAGGAUCAGUUUCCCCUCCAGGGAUUGUACCUUCCCUGAGGAAAAUAACAUUCUUCCAUUCUCCUUUGCUCAUUAUAAUUACGGUAUAACGACAAUAUGAGAUAAAGAUGGAAUAAUAUUAAUUUCCUUCAAAGCAGUCUGAAAGCAACAUUUGCUGGAACAAACUGACUUCCAAAACACAUUGUUCAGGUAAACCUUGGAACUCCUGUUGAGUUAAAAUUAAUACUCAACUGCUAUUCAGUCAAGUCUCCAUCUCCUACCGUACAGUCUUUGUGUCUUUAUAGGAAAACUAGCAUCCUUUUGUUUGUAAUGUAUACAGUAGAUUAUUUAUUUUAUUAUUUUGGAAUAAAGUCUUAUUUUAUGGGU